GGGAAGAGAAGGAGCUGCUGGACAGUGAUGAGCCUGAAAAAUGUAGGCUGGGUUAGAAGAGGGAGAAGGGAAAUCUGUAUGACCUGAAAAUACUCAGCGUAGAUUCUUAUUAAAUACAUUGGAACACACUCGAUGACAGCUCUCUCCUCUCUCUAGGGUCUGAAGGAAUAGGCCAUGGUCAACCAAGCUCCCGGGGGGCUUCCUCCUUCUGGGCUUUUCUGAACACCCAGGACUGGAAAAGGGUCUUUUCACGAUGGCCUUGAUUUCAUACCUCCUGACCAUGGUGUGCAACACACUCAUCUUCCUGCCGUCCAUGCUGAACCCCAGGCUCCACUCUCCAAUGUACUUUUUCUUCUCCAAACUCCCCUUCUUGGAUAUCUGCUUCACCACAAGUUUUGUCCCCCAGAUGCUGCUCAACCUCUGGGGCCCAAAGAAGACCAUUAGUUUCCUUGGCUGCUCUGUCCAGCUCUUCAUCUUCAUGCCUCUGGGGACCACUGAGUGCAUCCUGCAGACAGUGACGGCCUUUGACUGCUAUGCGGCUGUCCGCCAGCCCUUCCACUAUGCCACCAUCAUCCACCCCCACCUCUGUGGGCAGCCGGUGGCUGUCACCUGGGUCAUAGGUAUGGUCCAAUCAAUAGUUCAGGCGCCAGCCACCCUCCACUUAACCUUCUGCCCCCAGGGGCAGAUAGAUGACUUUUCAUGUGAGGUCCCAUCUCUAAUUCAGCUCUCCUGUUUUUGUGGGGACAUCACCUACAAUGAGAUCCAGAUGGUUGUUGCCAGUGUCUUCAUCUUUAUUGUGCCUCUCACUUUCACCCUUGUCUCUUACAGUGCCAUCACCCAGGCAGUGGUGAGAGUUACCUUGGCAAAGGGGAGGAGGAAGGCUUUUGGGACCUGCUGCUCCCAUCGCAUGGUUAUCAUUAUCUUCUACAGCUCAGUCAUUGCUGUCUACCUCCAGCCCCAAAAUUCCUAUGCCCAAAAGAGGGGCAAGUUCUUUGGUCUCUUUUAUGCAGUGGGAACCCCUAUACUUAACCCUCUCAUAUAAACCCUCUGGAACAAGCAGUUAAAGAGGGCAUUCAUGAGGUUGCUGGGGAAGGAUGA